GUGGGAUGAACGAGGCAUCUAUCUGUAUAUAUGAAUCUAGUGAUUAUGGAUGAGUCACAUGUUUCCCAACAAAUAAUAAGCAUGCUGGACAGCCACCCUCGUCCUCUCUGUCAUAUCUCUGUAUCGAAUUGAUAGAUCUACAAGUCAGUUUAACUUUCAAACAUUCUUACCAGUCGAAUCUAUUCAUCCGACAUUGGCGAGACAAUCUCAAAUUCUAGCUCCAACAAUGGCAACACCCCCUCCAAAUCCCAUUGCAAAAUCACGCAUUCGUGAAGCAGAACCCAAAGACAUCGACGCCAUCAGAACGGGCAUGAUUGCCUCCCUCAGCUCUGAUCCAACAUGGCGAUUUCGAUUCAUCAAUCGUGAUAAAUAUCCCGAAGAUCUAUACAAGUAUUCUCGUCUCUUCAUUGAGCUCAUGGUUUCUGGAAAGUUCCCAGACUACCUGACUAUGAUUGUGGAAGUUGAAGAAGAUUCCGUUUGGAAAGUCGCUGCUUUGUCUAUAUGGGAUGCUUCGUAUGUGAAUAGACGGAUAUUUAAAGCAAAAGGGGAAACAUAUAAUCCUCCAACGCCGGGAGAAGCGAUGGAAGCAGCUGGUGUAAACACUCGAAGAGACGUAGAUCCCACUUACGAUGCAGCUUUUAUAAAAGCUAUUGGUGAAGCCCGAAAGGAAUUUACUGAGAUGUUUAAUGGUGAUGAAUUCUAUCUCGCCUUGAUAGGCACUCAUCCAGACUUUCGGCGUCGAGGUUAUGCUACUCAACUCUUGAAAUGGGGCAUUGAGAGAUCUAUACGUGAUAAUGCACCUCUUGUUUUGUCGGCGAGUGCAAUGGGGGAACCGACAUAUCUUGCUUCUGGAUUUGAGGAGUUAGGGAGGGUUCCUAUAGUUGCUGAGGGAGAUUAUGAGAAACAGGAGUUCGUAAAGAUGGUUUAUAGGCCUAGGAAAUGAAGGUAGAAGAGGAAAAUGUGAGCCAGUAGAUAAAUAUAAUAUCGUUGAUCA